CUCCACGGCAGCAAGGCGGGAAACCGCAGCAGAGGAUGUGCUCGGUGACCAUCAUGAGGUCCGUGUUGGACUUUAUGAACACCCUGUUCAUGCUCAUUGCUCUGUUGUUGACAGUGCUGGGCGUGUGGCUGUAUCUGGAGCAAGACUUUGGCUCACAGCUCAUCGGACUGCCGCUCUCUGUAGGCAUCAUUGUCGUCUCGUCGUUUCUGCUCUUGAUCACAUGCGUGGCGUGUGUAGGCUUGCGCAAUGAGGCGUGGUGUGUGCUCAACGGGUACGUCAUGCUCAUGAUCUUCCUUAUGGCCGCCCAGGCGUCGCUGGCGUACAUGUCGCUCCGUUUCCGAGACAACAUGGAGGAGCAACUGUAUCAGGGCUGGCUUGACGGCUCGGACCAGCUCCGCAACACCAUUCAGGACCAGCUGACGUGCUGUGGCUUCUACGCGCCUGUGGAUUAUCCAGGCUCGAACUGUCCGGUCAGCGCCACCAUUGGCUGCUUCCCGCAGUUGGAGAACACGCUCGAGCGCCGCCUCCUGUUAGUCUCGCUCAUUGCAGGUCUUGUUGCCUUUCUCGAGUUCAUUGCCGUCAUAUUUGCCAUCGGCGUCGUAUGCUCCGAGCCUGGUGACGCCCUCGUUGUCCCGCUCUUUGAGCCGCCGUCGCGCGCCGAAAUCCGCCGCAGGCGCAAGCUCGAGCGCGAGCGCUUCCGACUCCAACAACAGCGCGAGCGACUCAAGCGCGAGCGCGCCCGCAUGGAACAGCGCUCUGCUGGAAACCUGGCACCCAUUGCGCCCAUCCCGCCGCCGAUGGCCAUCCGCAAGCCCGCCUCAACGUAG